AUGACAGACCAACAUCACAGACCAGCAUCACAGACCAUCAUCACAGACCAUCAUCACAGACCAACAUCACAGACCAGCAUCACAGACCAUCAUCACAGACCAACAUCACAGACCAACAUCACAGACCAGCAUCACAGACCAACAUCACAGACCAUCAUCACAGACCAACAUCACAGACCAACAUCACAGACCAGCAUCACAGACCAACAUCACAGACCAUCAUCACAGACCAACAUCACAGACCAUCAUCACAGACCAUCAUCACAGACCAGCAUCACAGACCAUCAUCACAGACCAACAUCACAGACCAACAUCACAGACCAGCAUCACAGACCAGCAUCACAGACCAACAUCACAGACCAACAUCACAGACCAGCAUCACAGACCAGCAUCACAGACCAUCAUCACAGACCAUCAUCACAGACCAGCAUCACAGACCAUCAUCACAGACCAUCAUCACAGACCAACAUCACAGACCAGCAUCACAGACCAACAUCACAGACCAUCAUCACAGACCAUCAUCACAGACCAACAUCACAGACCAACAUCACAGACCAUCAUCACAGACCAACAUCACAGACCAACAUCACAGACCAACAUCACAGACCAUCAUCACAGACCAUCAUCACAGACCAUCAUCACAGACCAACAUCACAGACCAACAUCACAGACCAGCAUCACAGACCAGCAUCACAGACCAACAUCACAGACCAACAUCACAGACCAACAUCACAGACCAACAUCACAGACCAACAUCACAGACCAUCAUCACAGACCAUCAUCACAGACCAUCAUCACAGACCAUCAUCACAGACCAUCAUCACAGACCAACAUCACAGACCAGCAUCACAGACCAGCAUCACAGACCAUCAUCACAGACCAGCAUCACAGACCAUCAUCACAGACCAUCAUCACAGACCAACAUCACAGACCAGCAUCACAGACCAACAUCACAGACCAUCAUCACAGACCAACAUCACAGACCAUCAUCACAGACCAGCAUCACAGACCAACAUCACAGACCAUCAUCACAGGUAA